AUGGACCGCUUCGUGUGGACCAGCGGCCUCCUGGAGAUCAACGAGACGCUGGUGAUCCAGCAGCGGGGGGUGCGCAUCUACGACGGCGAGGAGAAGAUAAAAUUUGAUCCUGGGACCCUUCUUCUUAGUACGCACCGUCUAAUUUGGAGAGAUCAGAAGAAUCAUGAAUGCUGCAUGGCCAUUCCUCUUUCCCAAAUUGUGUUCAUUGAAGAACAGGCAGCUGGAAUUGGAAAAAGCGCCAAAAUAGUGGUUCAUCUUCACCCAGCUGCUUCUAACAAAGAACCUGGCCCGUUCCAGAGCAGUAAGAACUCCUACAUCAAGCUCUCCUUCAAGGAACAUGGCCAGAUUGAGUUUUACAGGCGUCUAUCGGAGGAGAUGACACAGCGAAGGUGGGAGAAUAUGCCAGUUUCCCAGUCAUUACAAACAAAUCGAGGACCCCAGCCAGGAAGAAUAAGGGCUGUAGGAAUCGUAGGUAUUGAAAGGAAACUGGAAGAAAAAAGAAAAGAAACGGACAAAAACAUUUCUGAGGCCUUCGAAGACCUCAGCAAGCUAAUGGUCAAGGCUAAGGAAAUGGUGGAAUUAUCAAAGUCCAUUGCUAAUAAGAUCAAAGACAAGCAAGGUGACAUCACAGAAGAUGAGACCAUCAGGUUUAAAUCCUAUUUGCUGAGCAUGGGGAUAGCUAACCCGGUUACCAGGGAAACCUACGGCUCUGGCACACAGUACCACAUGCAGCUGGCCAAACAGCUGGCUGGAAUACUGCAGGCACCUUUGGAGGAACGAGGAGGAAUAAUGUCACUUACGGAGGUGUACUGUUUAGUAAACCGAGCUCGAGGAAUGGAAUUGCUUUCACCAGAAGAUUUAGUGAAUGCGUGCAAGAUGUUGGAAGCGCUGAAGUUACCUCUCAGACUCCGCGUGUUUGACAGCGGCGUCAUGGUCAUUGAACUUCAGUCCCACAAGGAGGAGGAAAUGGUAGCCUCAGCCCUGGAGACGGUUUCAGAGAAGGGAUCGUUAACAUCAGAAGAGUUUGCUAAGCUCGUGGGAAUGUCUGUCCUCCUGGCUAAAGAGAGGUUGCUUCUUGCCGAGAAGAUGGGCCACCUUUGCCGAGAUGAUUCAGUGGAAGGCUUGCGGUUUUACCCAAAUUUAUUUAUGACACAGAGCUAA